ACCCACUCGUACAGCAUCUGGGAUGACGAGGAUUACGACUCCACCGACAUGUCAUUCCAGUUCCUCCUCCCCUCUGGUUUCCUAGUUGACAUGAAGGUCCAGAAAAAUGCUACAAUAGCAGCUGUUAAAAGGGACUUGUGGAGAGAAAUGAAGACGCAUCCAUACUACGGUUACCUGGGCAGUUUGGAAUGUUAUUAUUUCAUCUGCAUUGAUGAAACAUCCAAUAAGAUUGAAAUAACAGAUGAAACUCGCCGCCUGUGUGACGUCAGACCCUUCUAUCCCAUGUUCAAACUGGAGAAGUUGAAUGAUCAGGUGGCCGGCACUGAAAAUUUUGAACGUGUGUUGGAUGCCAGGAUCACGGUCCUUAUUGGCAAGAGUUUGAAAGAUUUGGAUGAGAUAACAGAGCCAGAGGUGGUUGAGUUCCGAAGUAAGAUGAGCAGCAUGUAUGUUGAACUGCUGCAGGACUGGCUCGAGCAGGUGACCAGGUACCACCCGCCGGAUUUGGUUCCCGUUAAUAAGCUGCCGGAUCUCAUUGAAGAUAUACUCGCACAGAACAAAGAAAUAAUCGUGGUUUCCGUGCACGUUGAGGAUGAAGAAACCUCGAAAAUAAGAGUGAAAUACAACAUAACGCCGAAGCAACUGAUCGACACAUUUUUCGAGAAGAAGAGCAAGCAGAACUUGAAUUGGAGUGCAGGCGAUUACGUCCUGAAGGUUCUCGGACUGCAAGAAUAUCUGCUGGGCGACUAUCCACUCCACCAGUUUGCGCACAUAAGAAGUUCACUAAUUAAAGAAACUGUACCUGAGUUGGUUUUGGUUCAUUACCAGUCCAUCCCUCGUGAGUCUUAUCCCAAUUGUCUGCUUUUCAUCAGACUUAUCUGCAUUUGUUCAUCCUUUUCAUUCGUUCAUCCUUUUCAUUCUGAGCUGAUGAAGAGGCUACACGAGGGGACCAGUGUCUUCGACAUCAGUGACAAGUUCUCAUUAAUGUUGAGUUCCUCGAUCAACAUCAACCUGCCUGAUCAUUCCUAUGUUGUUGUACGAGCGUGCAUAUACCACGGUGCCGACAACUUGUGUGGCGUGGUUGUGUCGAAGGAGAGGCCGGUGCAGAACAGGGCGUGCUCCUUCAACAACGAACUCUUCACGUUCGACAUCGAGAUGAGGAACAUUCCGCGCAUGGCUCGCGUUUGCUUCCUCCUCUACACGCACAACGACAAACGACAGCCCAAACAAAGCAAAAAUUCGUCAGACUCCAACAAAAGGAUCUACAAGAAAAAGGAUAUGAUUCCUCUAGCUUGGGCCAACCUGCCGAUCUACGACUACAGGGGCAUGUUGCGGGUUGGUGACUGCAAGCUGAUGAUGUGGCCGGUCACUGACGAUGAUGCACUCACUGAUGAGUUACUCAAUUCCAUCGGAACGGUAGCGAUGAACACAUCGAACGAGGACGCGGCCAGUCUGAACAUCAUCAUCUCCAGGUUCACCAAACUGGGAUCCGUCUACUUCCCACCUUUCGACAAGGUCUUGGAAACUGCUGCCCACGCCAUGACGGACUCUCUGAAGAAGAAUCUCCCGGCGGCCUCGAAAGAGCAGUUGGCACUUUUCGAGAAGUUGUUGGACAGGGAUGCAUUGCAUCCGAUGUGUGAGCAGGACAUGGAGCUGAUCUGGAACAUGAGGCAGGAUUGCAGGGAUCACUUCCCACACGCACUCCCAAAACUUUUGACUUGUGUCAAGUGGAAUAAUUACCUGGAAGUUUCCGCUAUGCAUGCUCUUCUUCAGAUAUGGAGCCCCCUGGAACCUACUGACGCCUUGGAACUUCUCGAUUUUCAAUAUGCUGAUCAGUAUGUUCGAAGUUUCGCUGUCCGCUGCCUUAAGAACAUGAGUGACUCGCAGUUGUGUUUGUAUCUCCUGCAAUUGGUUCAAGUGCUCAAAUACGAAUCCUACCUGGAUUGCGACCUGAUACAGUUCCUUCUGAAGAGAGCCCUGAAAAAUAACAAGAUCGGACAUAACUUCUUCUGGCUGCUCAGGUCGGAAAUGCACAUCCCAUCAGUCUCCGUCAGGUUCGGAUUGAUCCUGGAGGCUUACUGUUACGGAAACAUUUAUUCACUGGCCGAACUACACAGGGAGGUCGAUGCACUUUACAAUCUCAGACAGCUCAGCGAUCACAUCAAGGUUGGACAGUCCAGAUUUCUAGCGGAAAUGACGAAAGGUCUCGAUAAGAAGUACAAGGAAGCCCUCACCGCCCUCAGCUGUCCGCUCAACCCCAGCGUCAAACUCAAAUGCGUCAGACUUGACAAAUGCAAAUGUAUGGAUUCUAAAAUGAAACCCUUGUGGAUGGUCUGGGAGAAUAAUGAGAAAUGUGGCAAUGACAUGUUCCUCAUGUUCAAGAAGGGAGAUGAUCUGAGACAGGAUAUGCUGACCUUGCAAAUAUUGAAAAUAAUGGACAAUAUAUGGCAAAAAGCUGGUCUCGAUCUCAGAUUGCUCGUUUAUAACGUCUUGCCGUCUGGUCAGAAGGAAGGUCUGAUUGAAGUGGUUACAGACUCGAGGACGUUGGCGGAAAUCCAACUGGAGUUCACCGACAUAACGCUGGUGGCUGGCUUCAACAAGAAGUGCAUCUACCAGUACUUGCAGAAACAUAACAGCGAUCCUAAGAGUUUCGACAAAGCCAUGGAUGUUUUCACGAGGUCCUGCGCGGGUUACAGCGUGGCUACCUACGUGCUGGGAGUGGCCGACAGACAUUCGGACAACAUCAUGAUCAGGAAAGAUGGACAGUUAUUCCACAUCGAUUUUGGUCACAUCCUUGGAAACUUCAAAAGCAAAUUGGGUGUGCGAAGAGAAAGAUGUCCAUUUGUCUUGACCGCUGACUUUGUUUACGUCAUCAAGAAGGGACAAGAAAAAAACGAUUUCUUUAAAAAAUUUGAAAAAUUAUGCCAAGAGGCAUUCCAGACGUUAAGGAGGUAUGGCAAGUUUUUGAUCGUGCUCUUCAUGAUGAUGAUGAACACCGGCAUCCCGGAAGUUUCCUGCCUCAAGGAUAUCGAGUACCUGAAGGAAACCCUCGUCCCACACAAAACUGAUGAGGAGGCCAAGGAACAUUUCAAAUCCAAGUUCACAGAGGCCCUGAAGAACAGCUGGAAAACAAGUUUGAACAUGGCCUGCCAUAACCUGCGGGUCAAGAAAGGUCAAGAAAGUCAAAAUCAAAAUAAAUAAACAAUAAAAAAUUAUCUAUCAUGUUUGCAGCAGUGUAAUUUGUAAAUAUUUUAUUUAAUUAUUUUAAGUUAAUUUAUAAUUUUGUGGUUUCUGAUUGUUAAGUGUCUGUUUUGUUUUAAUAAUUUGUUGAAAAACUGCUCAAUUAAAAAUGUUAUGCGCUUCUUUAGUGAUCAUGCCAUUUUCAUUCCAAUGAAACAUCCUUUAAUUUACUAUAUAAUUUGUUCGGGACCUUUGAUUUCCUCUGCUUAUCUGAUCCUGUAUGCCUGUAGCAAGUAAGAUGUUCUUCUUUUCAGUUUAAAUGUUUUUUUUUAUGAUCACUCACUCGUGCCUUUACGCGAAAGAUAUUUUUUAGUUAAUUAUGUACGUUCGUUUGUGUGCGUUUGUAUGUGUGUGCAUGAAUUAACAAGACACCGAUUGUACGUUAGUAAUGUGUAGGUGGCGUGUAAUGUGUCUUCAUAUGGUCUUAGAUGUAAAUAUAUAUAUAUUUAUUAUAUAUAUAUAUAUAUAUAUAUAUAAAUGAUGAUUGACUCCAGUUGAAGCGUUGCGUUUUUUCGUUCACUGGCGAUGGCGUUUUCCUUCGUUUAUUUUUUUUACAUCGAUCAUUCUUAGUUUAAUUUUUUAAUUUUUGUCAAUUUGAAUACUUGAGGGUUUCAAUAGUUAUUUCAACCAUUAUUGUUUAUAAUUUAAUUUUUCUAGCUGCACUUCACUAUUUAACAGUGUAGAAACUUUUUCGAGUAUUUUUUUUUAAAACUGAUUUUUAGACGAA